GGUAAAUAAUCUGCAUAGAUAUAAGGUUAAUCCGAUAUACCUUGGCUCGAUCGUUGCAUCGACGCGAGAAACUCUUGCCAAAAUAUGCAAAACGAUUCGAGUGUUCCCGCUGCGAUCGUACAGAGAGAAGAGGACCGAAAGCCAGUCAUUAUUUUUGGACGCAAUAUCGCAGAAAUUCCUUGCUUCAGAAAUAGUUUUUUAUACGGUAUCUCCAGUGGCAUCGGAGGUGGAUUGUUAGCGUUUUUAUUUACGAGUCGGCCCAAGCUUGCUAUGCAUUGCGCAAUGACCACGUAUUUCAAUGUAACGAUAGCUUAUUGGUUUUAUUGUCGUUAUACCAGAGAUCGGGAUCAUUUUAAUGCUAUCAGAAUGCAAGAUAUAUUUCAGAAUGUGGCUGUGAUGGAAGGUACCGAAGAGGGCCCUGAAAUUGUAAUAGAUAAGGAACUAAUUGAUGUUUAAACAUUUUUGUCAAUUUUGUAUAUACUAGUUAAAUAUAACAAGUUUGUGUCGCAAUUUA